AUUGGCAGAGAGGGGUGGAGGACACCGAGUGGAGGCCAGUGGAGGGAUUGGCAGAGGGGGGUGGAGGACACUGAGUGGAGGCCAGUGGAGGGAUUGGCAGAGAGGGGUGGAGGACACCGAGUGGAGGCCAGUGGAGGGAUUGGCAGAGGGGGGUGGAGGACACCGAGUGGAGGCCAGUGGAGGGAUUGGCAGAGGGGGGUGGAGGACACUGAGUGGAGGCCAGUGGAGGGAUUGGCAGAGAGGGGUGGAGGACACCGAGUGGAGGCCAGUGGAGGGAUGGCAUAUAUGGAACGACUGAAAGAGGGGAUAGCCUGCGAUGAGGUCGGUCAAUGAGGAGGGAGUUACAAUAGUCAAGGUGAGAGAUAACAAGGGAGUGAAUAAGUUGCUUAGUGGUUUCCGAGGUUAGGAACGGGUGUGUCUUGGAG